AUGCGCUUCAUCGCUCUUGUACCCGUCUUAUGCUGUACUGCAGCCCUGAUUCUCUCGUUCCUCUGUCUCUUUGCAGGCCAUAAGAAGGGUUUCAUGGAAGACUACUCGCUCCUCACACUCAACACCUCGGCCAUUGGACAAAAUCUCGUCAGCAGAGUCUCAAACUCCGACGACUCCACCCUGUCUAAUAUCAUCGAUCUCAUCCCAGACUCCAUCACCAAUACAAUCACCGAUGAAAUCAAUGAGAAGAUAGACGAGUUCCGCGAGCGCGCUGGCAUCGAGGACUGGUACUCAGCACACAUGCUGAACUAUUGCCAGGGACAGUACACACCCGACGAGGUGGCUAAUGCGACCCUGAAGCAAGACGACAUUAGCAAAAACGUUACCGAAUGCUCCAAAAACAAGGCCAUGUACAAGUUCAAUCCAACCGACAUCAUCCAACAAGCCCUAAACAGAUCGGGUAUAGACAUCACCCUACGAGACAUCCAAUGGCCAGAAGACAUCCAGAAGGGCAUCGAUGCGUUGAAUGCUGUCAUGGCAGCCAUGUUCGUUCUCUACGUCAUCGCAAUCUGCCUCAUCUUCUUGACCCUCGUCGCCAGCCUUGUUGGCAUCUUCACUUCAGGAAGACUGAGUGCAGCUCUAAACAUCGGCCUUGGUCUCUCGGCAUUUUUAGCCAUUUCCGUCGCCAGCGCCCUCGUCACUGCUGUCAUGAUCAAAGGUAACGACGUCGUCAACGAACACGGAAACCAAAUCGGCCUUGAAUCGCACUAUGGUGGCAAGUUUCUCGCCUUGACAUGGGCUGCAACUGGCCUCAUGCUCCUUGCUGUCCUUACUUGGUUCGUAGCUCUCUGCUUUAGCUGGAGAGAGCGCCGUUCGCACACCCCCAGGAAGUCGGUCAUCUAA